AUGGCGUCUAGCUACUGGGAAUCGACCCAGAAGAAAUUCUGGACAUUCACAAAGCCGCAAUUAGCCCUUGAACGGAAACGGUUGGAAGACUCGGAACGGAACCUUGUCAAUAUGUACCCGGUACCAGACAGGCGACAUUUGAGUAUAUACUUCUACCAUCAGUUGUCAAAAAUGGCACGACCGCUGGGCGUCCGUCAGCAGGCGUUGGCAACCGCGCAGGUCUACGUCAGACGAUUCUACGUAAAAGUAGAGAUUCGUCGAACUAAUCCGGCGCUGGUUCUGGCAACGGCUUUGUAUCUGGCUUGCAAGAUGGAGGAGUGUCCGCAACACAUAAGAAUGAUCUUAGCGGAAGCUCGCCACUGUUGGGAUACUGCCUUCAACGACAUCUCGAAGAUUGGUGAAUGCGAGUUUACUUUGAUCUCGGAAAUGAACUCUCAGCUCAUUAUCCACCACCCUUAUCGCAGCUUAGCCGAACUUCAGAGCCAGUUCCAGCUCACACAGGAGGAAAAUUCGUUGGCUUGGUCAAUCAUAAACGACCACUAUCUGACCGAGCUCCCACUUCUACAUGCCCCUCACGUAAUCGCCAUCACUGCCAUGUUCCUGGCGGUUGUCCUCAAACCCACUCAAGGCGGCCUUCAAGUACACGCUGCAGGCGUUGCGAGCGCACUACAAGCACUAGGCAACGCUCGCGGUGGAGCAGGACAAGGGACGCAGAACCGGGUCCAAAAGCUCGUCGACUGGCUGGCAGAAAGCACCGUCGAUAUUGAGGCCGUCGUAGAGUGCACGCAGGAGCUCAUAUCGCUCUACGAGAUAUGGGAUUCCUACGCGGAGAAGACAUGCAAAGACCAGAUUGCCAAAUUUGUCAAGGCCAGAGGACUAGACAAGUAG